ACUAUAUAUCACUGGACAAUACGAGAAGUAUGCGUGUGUAAAUAACAAAAGAAAAGGCAAGAAGGGAUAGCAGCAGCAGCAGGCAGCAACGCCAACAGAAGCAAGAGCAGAGCAGCACCUGGCAGCGAAAUCUUUGUGCCCCCCAACGCAGCGUGUGUGUGUGUGUGCGAGCCAGCAUCUGUGCGCUGCAGUGAGUACCGCAAGAGCAGGAGCAAGAGGCAACAAAAGAGACCAAGGCAAAGACGGGCAUCGCGUAUCGUUCAACGUCAAGGGAGGGCCACGGCAAUGUGCAACUAGUGUCGGCCACACGCACGAUCCCACUGUAAGCAGCUCCCAUGGCCACAUAGCCCCGCUUCAAUAUGAAUCUGGAAUCGCUCUUUCGCGACUUCAAUCCCUGCAAAUUCAUUGUUCACUGCAGCCUAUUUACCUUUGUGACACUAUAUGCCUUGCGUCUGGAUGACUACAUUGAUUGGCCUUAUUGGGCCAUCUUCACUCCGCUGUGGAUUUGGAAGUGCACAGCCAUACUGGGCGCCAUUGUUGGUGCGAUUGUGUGGUGCCGCUAUCCCCACUACCGCCUCGAGGGCGAUGCCUACACACAGUUCAAGGCGAUGCUCAUCUCCCUGGCCCUGCACCUCAUACUGCUGAUGUUUGAGCUGCUUGCGUGCGACAAACUGACCUCGGAUCGCCACCUUUGGGUACUUGUGUUCAUCCCGCUGAUCUUCGGCUCGGUGGUCAGUGUGGGUGCCUGUGUGUGGGCCGUCAAGCAUGAUCGCUCCUUCGAGCUGGAGCUCUUUUUGGCCGUUAAUGCGCUGCAGUUUGUCUCGCUGCCGCUGAAGCUUGAUCGGUUCGUCUACUGGAACUGGGACGUGGUGUUUGUGCCCAUGUGGAUUGUCAUCUGCCUGAGUCUGGUCAGUGUGCUCUACAACAUCAUAUUCUGUGGCAUUAUGAUGCGCACCCCCGAGGUCUCACUGCAGCAAAAGAAGGCAGCCCUCAAUGCGGCCGUGGGCAACAUAUGCACGGUGCUUCCCCUGCUCUGCUUUCAGGUGGUCAUAUGCGACAAGCUAGAUGGAGAGCUAAAGUUCCCGUACAUUGUGGUUUUCUCGCCGCUGCUCGUCUCCAUUCUGGCGCUGAUCAUUCUCAGCUUCACCGCCAAGGGCGGCAACAUGUGGUGGUUCGGCAUUCGGAAAUCCUUUAGCCAGUUCUUGCUUUCGGCCAUGCCGUUCCUUCAGGAGUACGGCAACAUCAGCUACCAUGCCGACACGCAUAGCAAUGCCGGGCAGUCUGUGCCAUUGGAUGCCUCCUCAUCCACCAGCACGGCGGCGGCCAGCGAGCAGCUGCAUGAGUUCAGCCGGCACGACAAGAAGAGCAAGAAGGGAGCCAAAAAUGAUAUACUAAAGCCGGUGGUGCCAUUCGUAAGCAUUGAUUUGCCGGACUAGCCAACAGUUGCGGAAGCGCAGCGACAGCGGAAACAAUAAGAAA